UUUGCUGCUGUCCCGGGCCAGAAAGACAACAGCCGCUUCGUCACCUUCGUCCUCUGUCAGCUUAGCAAGACCUUCUCAACAGGUAGACAACAGGAACAGUAGGCCGCUCUGUGUCAUUGAUUCCAAUAGUAUGGAACUUCAUUGGUGUGUGUAGGUGUAUUGAUAAGGUCAUUGGUGUGUCUAGGUGUAUUGAUAAGGUCAUUGGUGUGUCUAAGUGUAUUGAUAAGGUCAUUGGAGUGUGUAGGUGUAUUGAUAAGGUCAUUGGUGUGUCUAGGUGUAUUGAUAAGGUCAUUGGUGUGUCUAGGUGUAUUGAUAAGGUCAUUGGUGUGUCUUAGUGUAUUGAUAAGGUCAUUGGUGUCACACUGUUGGGUAACAACAAUAUGUAUUGAUCUGAGACCUUGAAAGGAAUCUAUCCGGUGUACCAGUAUGUACAGUGCAUUCGGAAACUAUUCCGACCCCUUGACCUUUUUCCACAUUUUGUUACGUUACAGCCUUAUUCUAAAAUGGAUUAAAUAGUUUUCCCCCCCUCAUCAAUCUACUCAUAAUACCCCAUAAUGACAAAGUGAAAACAGGUUUUUAGAUUUAUUUGUAAAUGUAUAAAUAAAUAAAUAACUGAAAUAUAACAUUUCCAUAAGUAUUCAGACCCUUUACUCAGUACUUUGUUGAAGCACCUUUGGCAGUGAUUACAGCCUCCAGUCUUCUUGGGUAUGAUGCUACAAUAUUGGCACACCUAUAUGUGGGGAGUUUCUCCCAUUCUUCUCUGCAGAUCCUCUCAAGCUCUGUCAGGUUGGAUGGGGAUCGUUGCUGUACAGCUAUUUUCAGGUCUCUCCAGAGAUGUUCGAUCGUGUUCAAGUCCAGACUCUGGCUGGGCCACUCAAGGACAUUCAGAGACUUGUCCCGAAGCCACUCCUGCGUUGUCUUGGCUGUGUGCUUAGAGUCGUUGUCCUGUUGGAAGGUGAACCUUCGCCCCAGUCUGAGGUCCUGAGCGCUCUGGAGCAGGUUUUCAUCAAGGAUCUCUCUGUACUUUGCUCCGUUCAUCUUUCCCUCAAUCCUGACUACCGUAAUUUUCAGACUAUUAGCCGCGCCUUUUUUCCCAUUUUUCGACCCUGAGGCUUAUAUAACAGUCUAUGGAUUUUUACAGCUAACGGCCACUAGAAGACCUCCUAAAUCUAUGGAUUUUACAGGUUACAGUCCACCAACUUUAACUCUAUGGGCUCUAUGACCGGUCCGCGCCCCCCACCUUUAAGCGGCAGGCAAGUGGAAGGGUACCAUUUUUUGGUACCCUUCCCCAGAUCUGUGCCUCGACACAAUCCUGUCUCUGAGCUCUACGGACAAUUCCCUCGACCUCAUGGCUUGGUUUUUGCUCUGACAUGCACUGUCAACUGUGGGACCUAUAAUAGACCGGUGUGUGACUUUCCAAAUCAUGUCCAAUCAAGUUGUAGAAACAACUCAAGGAUGAUCAAUGGUAACAGGAUGCACCUGAGCUCAAUUUCGAGUCUCAUAGCAAAGUGUCUGAAUACUUAAGGUCUUUUUAUUUUUAUUUUUUUUAUACAUUUGCAAAAAUGUCUAAAAACCUGUGUUCGCAUUGACAUUAUGGAUUAUUGUGUGUAGAUUGAUGAGGAAAUGUUUUUAUUUAAUCCAUAAUAAGGCUGUAACAUAACAAAAUGUGGAAAAAGGGAAAGGGUCUGAAUACUUUCCCGAAUGCACUGUAUGUAAUGGACGGUUAAAUAAACAUCAACUUAGAAUGAAUGAAUGAAAGGAUACUGUGUUGUUCCUCUCCUCAGGGAAGUACAGGGGCCAGAGGCUGGUAGAGGUGGGAACAGGGCCAACCAUCCACACUCUGAUCAGUGCCUGUGAGUACUACGAUGAGAUUGUGGUGUCGGACUACGUGGACAGCAACAGGAGGGAGAUCGAGAGGUGGCUGAGAGCCGAGGAGGGAUGUUUCGACUGGAACACUCACCUCCAGUACGUCUGUGAUCUGGAGAGGAAAAGGUGCGGUAAUAGACAAAUCCUGUUGUUUUUUACAAUAACUUACUGCCAGCUAGUUACCUGAAAUUUACUGUAAAAAAAAAGGUACAGUAUGUUACCAUGAAUUCCAAAGAAACUUACUGUAAAGUUUACUUUUUUUUUUUUUUUUUUUUUUUACAGUUCAGAUAUGGGUUAGAAGUGAGCUUAUAUGGUUUCAACUAUGGUUACAUUUCUUUUUGUAAAUGUAGGCGUCCUUCUUUCCUUCCAUUCGCUUAAAUUCUUUCUUGUAAUCACUGUAUUGUAUUUAUUUAUAAAAAAAAAACACAUUCUCCUUCUGUCUCUGUCUCUCACAACCUCCCUCCCCAGAACCCCAGCGAUCGUCACAGACACUCUCCGUCAGAGGGUUAAGCAGGUUCUAAAGUGCGACAUCUGCCUGGAGAACCCAUUCCACCCUGUCACGGUUCCACCGGCGGACUGCGUCCUUUCCUCGCUGUGCCUGGAGGCAGCGUGUAAGGACCGCGAGUCCUACCACCGUUCGCUGUCCUCCAUGGUGGGCCUGCUGAGGUCUGGAGGGGUCCUGGUCCUGAUCGGCGACCUGGAUGAGACCUACUACACGGUGGGAGAGCAGAGGUUUGACUGUGUCAACCUGAGUGAGGAGUUCAUCACUGAGACGCUGUCAAAGCUGGGGAUGUGUGUGGAGGAGUUCACUCUGCAACAGGCUGAGGACAGGGACAGCAACCGCAAGUGUGACUACGCAGCCUCCUUCCACCUCAUCGCCAUCAAACACUGA